CCAUUAGCCACCGGCUUUGCUAACCCAAAGCUACAAGAUGGCGGCACCCGAUGGGAAUUUGCACGGCUUUUCUCUCGCUUUCAGACAUCUUUAACAACACAACAUGGGAACUUUAAUUCUCGGAUUCUCCACGGAACGCGUCUGGAUAUGAAUUUGCACUUGAUGCAUUAGAAUUUUUACAGGUUUAAAAUAAACUAUCACGGAUUUUGAGGGUUUUUUUCUUCUCCUCCUUGUCGCUUGAGCCGGCGGGCUUGUUUUAUUUUGUCGCAGAGAGGGUAUGCCGCUAAAAUGGCGGCUUCCAUUAGAGGGAUUUUUAGGCUAGGCUAAGCUAAGCUAGCAUCUAAUACUUCACAUUUUGACUAUUUGGAAUAAGUUUGAAAAGAUAUUUUUUUAUAAAAACAAACAACAAAUCGUUCAACUAUUUUUAUUUUAUUUUUUGUUAAUCGCUAUUACAACGUUAGCGGGCUAUUUUUUUUUCUUCUGACGCGGCUAAGCGGAGCCCGAAGAUUUUAUUCUUCUUAUCCGCAUUACUACAAAUAUUGCUGGUUUGUGUUUUUUUAUAUAUAUAUAUAUGGGGAUUAAACCUGGAACGGACUGAUUUUUCUUGUUGCAAAAAAAAUCUUGUAUUAGGGGGAAAAUGACUUCUUCUGGUACCAACACGACAUCGAGCGGCACGGUGCUCCAGCCGAGGUGGAAGCGUGUACUCGGCUGGUCGGGCCCGGUGCCUCGGCCUCGUCACGGCCACCGCGCCGUCGCCAUUAAGGAGCUCAUGGUGGUUUUCGGCGGCGGCAACGAAGGAAUCGUGGACGAACUUCACGUGUACAACACAGCGACUAAUCAGUGGUUUAUCCCGGCUGUCCGAGGUGAUGUGCCACCCGGCUGUGCUGCAUAUGGAUUCGUGUGUGACGGCACCCGGCUGUUGGUGUUUGGAGGAAUGGUUGAGUACGGGAAAUACAGCAACGAUCUCUACGAGCUACAGGCCAGUAGAUGGGAGUGGAAACGACUGAAACCUAAAGCUCCAAAGAACGGCCCACCUCCUUGUCCACGCCUGGGUCACAGCUUCUCUCUUGUCGGGAACAAAUGCUAUCUAUUCGGCGGACUCGCCAACGACAGUGAAGAUCCCAAAAACAAUAUUCCAAGAUACCUAAAUGACCUGUACACACUCGAGCUGCGCCCGGGCUCUAACGUGGCAGGCUGGGACAUCCCCAUCACAUACGGUGUGCUUCCUCCACCACGCGAGAGCCACACGGCUGUGGUCUACACAGAGAAAACCUCGAAGAAGUCUCGCCUCGUUAUCUACGGAGGCAUGAGCGGCUGCCGCCUCGGAGACCUCUGGACGUUAGAUAUAGACACACUUACUUGGAACAAGCCAGCAAUAAGUGGCACCGCUCCUCUCCCUCGCAGUCUCCAUUCUGCCACCACCAUAACAAACAAGAUGUAUGUGUUUGGCGGAUGGGUGCCCUUGGUGAUGGAUGACGUGAAAGUGGCUACACAUGAAAAGGAAUGGAAGUGUACAAACACACUAGCAUGCCUGAAUCUGGAUGCAAUGACAUGGGAGACUAUUUUAAUGGACACUCUGGAAGACAACAUCCCACGAGCCAGGGCAGGGCACUGCUCCGUAGCCAUCAACUCCAGACUGUAUGUUUGGAGUGGCAGAGACGGCUACCGCAAAGCCUGGAACAACCAAGUGUGCUGCAAAGAUCUCUGGUAUUUGGAGACAGACCGCCCUCUGGCGCCGUCUCGCGUCCAGCUGGUUCGUGCCAACACAAGUUCCCUGGAGGUGAGUUGGGGCGCUGUGCCCACUGCCGACGCCUACUUGCUGCAGCUGCAGAAAUACGAAAUUCCAGCGGCGACGUCAGCUUCCUCCCCCAGCGUCACUCCCACUUCCUCAUUGCCCUUGAACUCGCCGAAAAGCCCGGCCCCAGCCGCAGCUGCCCCUGCCACUCAGGCUGUUCCCGUCACUGGGGUUACCCUGGUACCCCAGGUGCCCUCACCAACUACGUCCAUGCCUGGGAGCCCGCUCGCUGCAGCCUCGCCGCGUGGUCCAGGUAAAACCAUCCUGAAAGUGGCAGCACCUCAGUCCACUGCUGGGGCGUCUGUCGUCACUGUACGUCAGGCCAAUCAAGUGGGAAAAUCUCCAGUCACAGUCGCAUCACUUCCCGCCGGAGUCCGCAUGGUCGUUCCUGCACAGGGCGCACAAGGAACACCGAUUGGGAGCAGCCCUCAGAUGAGCGGCAUGGCUGCACUGGCCGCAGCUGCAGCUGCGACACAGAAAAUCCCUCCUUCAACAGCAGCCACCAUGUUAAACGUUCCUGCAGGAGCCACCAUAGUGAAAACAGUUGCAGUUACUCCAGGCUCCACGGCUCUUCCUGCUGCAGUGAAGGUCGCCUCACCAGUGACCACAUACCUUGGCUACUCUCACAUGACAAAAGUGAGCAACCCAGCCACCCGCCUGCUAAAGACAGCCGCAGCUCAGGCCGGAACUUCUACCAUCACCACCCCCAACACGCCAACACGUCCCAUCAUCACGGUGCACAAAUCGGGCACAGUGACUGUGGCCCAGCAGGCCCAGGUGGUCACCACCGUGGUGGGAGGAGUCACGAAAACCAUCACACUCGUCAAGAGCCCGCUCACUGUGGGCAGCGGCGGCACGCUGAUCUCUAGCCUGGGCAAGGUGAUGUCCAUGGUCCAGACUAAACCAGUACAGAGUGCUGCAGUGACAGGCCAAGCUGGCAGCCCAGUCACACAGAUCAUACAGACAAAGGGCCCUCUACCUGCAGGCACCAUACUAAAGCUAGUCACCUCAGCAGACGGCAAACCCACCACCAUCAUCACUACCACGCAGGCAGGUGGCGCUGGCACCAAACCGACCAUUCUGGGCAUCUCCCCUACCACUACCACAAAGCCUGGCACCACCAUCAUCAAGACCAUCCCGAUGUCCGCUAUUCAACAGGGAGCUGCAGGUUCGUCUUACGGUGCUACCAGUAGCACUGGUAUAAAGUCUCCCAUCACAAUUAUCACAACCAAAAUGGUGACACCGGGCACACCAGGGAAAAUCAUCACAGCAGUACCAAAACUGGCUGCUGGAGCUGGCCAGCAGGGCGUGACUCAGGUGGUCCUGAAGGGAGCGCCAGGACAGCCUGGCACCAUUCUUCGCACUGUGCCCAUGGGUGGUGUACGUCUUGUUUCUCCUGGUACUGUUUCCGCUGUCAAACCCACAGUUACCACGCUGGUGGUUAAAGGCACCACAGGAGUAACUACUCUCGGCACUGUGACCGGAACGAUCUCGACCAGCCUGGCAGGGGGCAACGUUCCCUCUGCCAACGCUAGCCUGGCCACCCCCAUAACCACCUUGGGCACUAUCGCCACUCUCUCCAGCCAGGUAAUCACCCCUACAGCGAUCACUGUGUCUGCAGCUCAGUCAAACCUGACCACUGCACCUACAGUGGCCAUACAGGCAGCUACACAGCCCACUCAGGUGACGUUAAUAAGCACCCCGACCGGCGUGGAGGCGCAGCAGGACCUCCCCGUGUCCAUCCUGGCCUCCCCCACCUCCGAACAGCCCUCCACCACAGGCGCCGAAGCAGGCGACGCCCCAGGCGAAGUAACCCUGGUCUGCUCCAACCCACCAUGCGAGACCCACGAAACCGGUACCACCAACACGGCCACUACAGCGUCCGCCAAGAUCGGAACCGAGCGCGUGUGCUCCAACCCGCCUUGCGAGACUCACGUGACCGGAACGACCAACACGACGACCACAGCAUCAUCCGACAUGGGCCGUGUGCAGCAGGUAUGCAGCAACCCACCGUGCGAAACUCACGAAACAGGAACCACAAGCACAUCUACACAGGCGUCUUCAAACAUGGGCACGGAGACCAGCACGGUACAAAGAGUGUGUUCUAACCCACCUUGUGAGACCCAUGAAACCAGCACCACCAACACAGCUACACAGGCAUCUUCCAGUAUGGGCAGUGCGGAGACCAACACUGUACAAAGAGUGUGUUCUAACCCGCCGUGUGAGACCCACGAGACUGGCACCACCAACACAGCUACGCAGGCGUCUUCAAGUAUGGGCAGUACGGAGACCAACACUGUACAAAGAGUGUGUUCUAACCCACCGUGUGAGACCCACGAGACUGGCACCACCAACACAGCUACACAGGCAUCUUCCAGUAUGGGCAGUGCGGAGACCAACACUGUACAAAGAGUGUGUUCUAACCCACCGUGUGAGACCCACGAGACUGGCACCACCAACACAGCUACACAGGCAUCUUCCAGUAUGGGCAGUGCGGAGACCAACACUGUACAGAGGGUGUGUUCUAACCCGCCGUGCGAGACCCACGAGACUGGCACCACCAACACAGCUACACAGGCAUCUUCCAGUAUGGGCAGUGCGGAGACCAACACUGUACAGAGGGUGUGUUCUAACCCGCCGUGCGAGACCCACGAGACUGGCACCACCAACACAGCUACACAGGCAUCUUCCAGUAUGGGCAGUGCGGAGACCAACACUGUACAGAGGGUGUGUUCUAACCCGCCAUGCGAGACCCACGAGACUGGCACCACUAAUACACCCACGCAGUCUUCAUCCACGAUGGGAGCAGGGCAGAAUGGCAUGGUGCAGAGGGUGUGUUCCAACCCACCAUGUGAGACUCACGAGACGGGCACCACCAACACCGCUACUACUGCCACCAGCAGCCUCGAGUCAGCUGAUGGAACAGUGCAACAGAGUGGAAAUGGACAAGAUGCUGGCACCAGUGCCGAGGCAACUUCGUCGACAGAACCUGCCAAUCCACCAAUUCAGAGCAGAGCCAUCACCACAGUGACACAGUCCACGCCCACCCCAGGACCCUCUGUUCCUGAAAUCUCAUCCAUGGCAGGCUCCGCUGCUGUAGUGGAGGGCUCUGGUGAAGCCGAGGCGAUGGAGCAGGGAGACUCUGAGGCAGUGGCGAUGGGCGAGGAGCCCAUGCAAACCGAGGGUGAACUUGGUGAAGAGGGAGCAGUCAGAGUUGUCGCUAUUGAGGAGGGUGCUGCCGGGGACGCAGGCACCAUGCUGCAGGUUCAUGUUGCCAUGGAAGCGCAGCCGGGCCAGGGAGAGCAGGCAGAGAUGGAGCAAGGUGGUGAGGGAGCUGAGGCUGUGGCUCUGGCAGGGCAGGACUCCGAGGCCCUAGCACUGCCUCAGGAACUGAUGUCAGCCGAGGGGCAGCAGACCACGCUAAUGGUGACGGGACUGACUCCGGAGGAACUGGCCGUGACCGCUGCGGCAGAAGCCGCCGCUCAGGCCGCUGCCACAGAAGAAGCCCAGGCGCUCGCCAUACAGGCUGUCCUGCAGGCAGCCCAACAGGCCGUGCUCAAUGAAGGAGACUCUGGACAUGACGGUCAGCAGACCACCACCAUCCCCAUCGUACUGACGCAACAGGAACUGGCUGCGUUGGUCCAGCAGCAGCAGCAACUCCAGGAGGUUCAAGCAGCAGCGGCGGCAGCAGUCGCUGCCCAACAGCUCGGGACCGAUUCGGGUGCAGCAACUCUGCCCACUGAGGGCCUGGCACCCGCAGACAGCCUCAACGACCCCACGACCGAGAGCAACGGCCAUGAGAUGGCUGCCGCCGCGGUAACCGCCGCUGUGGCUCAGCUUCUACCCAGCACUUCUGCAGAAACUUUGGCUCCAUCGAGUACACUUGCCCCGGUCCAGCCCAUGGUGGUCGCCAGCCCUGCCAAGAUACAGGCUGCCACUGCACUUGCUGAAGUAGCCAAUGGCAUCGAGUCCGUCGCUGGGAAGCCAGGAGCUCCCCCUGCUGUUGCAAAACCGCCAGUGAAGAAAGAAAAUCAGUGGUUUGAUGUUGGAAUAGUCAAGGUGACCAACAUGGUCGUUACACACUAUUAUGUCCCAGCAGAUGACUCUGAGGUUACUGACGAUGAUUCUGGAGCCAUACCAGACUACAGUCAAAUGAAGAAAGUGGAGCUCUCUCCUGGCACCGCGUACAAGUUCCGUGUGGCUGGAAUCAAUGCUUGUGGUCGCGGAACGUUCUCUGAAGUUUCGGCUUUCAAGACCUGCUUGCCUGGCUUCCCUGGCGCGCCAUGUGCCAUUAAAAUCAGCAAGAGCCCCGAUGGCGCUCACCUCACUUGGGAACCUCCUUCUGUGACGUCAGGGAAGAUCAUCGAGUACUCCGUCUACCUGGCCAUUCAGAGCUCUCAGACAACCGAGGCGAAGGCAUCUGCCCCGGCUCAGCUGGCCUUCAUGCGGGUGUACUGUGGGCCAAAUCCCUCCUGCCUUGUCCAAACUUCCAGCCUGUCCAACGCCCACAUCGACUACACCACGAAACCCGCCAUAAUCUUCCGGAUCGCCGCCCGCAACGAGAAGGGUUACGGCCCUGCCACACAAGUCAGGUGGCUACAAGAAACCAGUAAAGAUGGAUCUGCUGCCAAACCUGCGGCAAAAAGACCGGUCUCAUCUCCUGAUACGAAAGGUACCGGUCCCAAAAAGGCCAGAGCCGACCAGUGAGAGAUUUUGACAUGCCCCCUCCCCCUUCGAGACCAACACCCCUGACCGAACUCCUUCCUGCUGAACGCCCUUUCCCAGCCUUAUUAAACCACGUUCCCCUACCACGUCCUACUUAAUGUUAAAUGACAGUAGGUGGGGGGAGGGGGAGAGGAGAAAGAUCAAUCUGUUUGUGCCCUACCCCAAUCAUCACUGGACAUCCUGGUGCCAUGGACGCCUUAUCGCUUCAACUGUGUUAAAAAUGAAACCGUAUUAUAAAUGUUUCUUCUUCAGACAAACCGUUAAAAGCACAUUCUUUUUUGCUUUUUCGUCCUGGAAGUUUUUGUGUGAUAAAUUUCCAAUGGCAGCAUUCAGUCAAGUUAACUAUAUUGUUUUUCUGUAAGUUUAUUUUUUUUUCUUUCCUUUUUUUUUAUCGGUUUUCUUUCCCCCUGCCUUCAUGUUUUUUUUCUUCCUUUUUUUUAUCUUACAAGCAAUAGAUAAAAAAAG